CCAUAUUUAAUUUUGGUUUUAUCGCCUAUCCAAUACAACAAUAAAGCAACACCUAACAAACGGUUUCAUCUAAAACGCAACAUUUAGUCAAUUUAAGCGUACCUGUAGAAAACCUGCUCCACAAGUCUCCUAAAAGAGCAACAGACCAGCUGCUCACACGAUGUGAUUCCGAUCGAGAUAAGUACUGAGCUGAACAUGUAUUUCCACUCAUCAGUUUCGUCUAACAGUGGUGACGAUAUGCGAAGAAAGUAACUAGCACCGCCACAGAUUACUUACCGUUAAUAAAUGCGUCCGUCUAUCGUACCCACAUCACGGCAGCAUCUUCCCAUCCAGCUCCGUGAUCCGACUUUAAUCUUCCUUCCGAUUAACCGCUGUCACUUUUUUCCGCUGCACGAUGGUACAUCGCGAGUAAAUGGGCAAAACCGUGCCGCAGCGUCACCUGGCAGACGCAUAGUUUACCUUUUCUCCCAACCCGUGCCACACCACAACCACUGGCAACAGCUAUCGACCGUUUGAUUCCGACAUUCUAGCUUGAUCGGUACUUGUCUUCUUCUAUCGCGCAUCUCAGCUGUCGAUAAAUCUGGGAAUGCAAGGCACUCGCACAGCCGUGGUACAAGCACUAGAGAAAAGCCACUUGAACCACUCGGUAGAAUUAACUGUAACUGGUCAUUUUCAGCAACAUCCAGCAAUGCUCUGCACUCGUCGAGGUUUGCCAACUUUACUAUGAAACCCGUUUUCGGUGGGCUCGACCUCGCCAGUAUCUGGGGAAUAGUUGUAGGAAAUGGAACGCACUUCGCACACGGGUGAAACGGUGACCGACUGCCGGGACCCAGAUUCGCGCACCGGAAGCAGGACGCACAAAACUCGCUUCCUAGAGACGUGCGGCGUGGAAAUAGAUGGGUUGCAAUGUGGCUGGUAGUAUCCCACCGAAGGAAAGUGAUCCAUAUUCUAAGCUGCUACUAACGUGCGAGGACUCGCUGUCUAUCGAUUUCACCACCUGAUCAGUCCGUGAUCGUGGGCAGCGUAUUGGGAGCGUUGAGAGGUUGCGGGGAUGCUUUCCGAUGCAGCCGGGGGGUGGUGGUGGAGCAGGAAAAAUUGCGGUACUGCGCGGUGGAGUGGUUUUUCCACUUUCUUUACCGGUGCGUCGUUUUGCGCUGCCCGGUUGCGAGAACAAGACCUACCGGGUAGAUGCUGCCAGCGCUCAGUUAUUGCUCAGCUCCGAACGAGUCAAGAUCAGUGCAUAUCUGCCCGCCACUGUGAGUGUUUUGCUGCCAAGAUUUGACGGAAUAGCAUCAGCGCUCGGGAGCGGUGUUUGAAACACGAAACUUAAGCUUAUACCUGGUGAGAGCGAAUUAUAGCUGUUUUAUAGCAAGUGACUGUAAGUGCUGAAACGGUUGGCUAGCUGCUAGAGAACACUCAGAAGCAGUAUCAAUCCCCAUUAUGGCAAGAUUGUUCGCCAUUCUAUUGCUUGCAGUUACACUUUUCGCGCCAAUUCGAUGCGAAACGCGGAAACACUUCCACAGCCGCUAUUCGAGCAGCUUAAACAACGUGAACCGUGCUGAUAGUUCGAGCAGAUCGAGCAGUGGUGCGUACAUGAAAACGAUACCGUUGCGAUUGCUAAAUUGUCUCGAGCACGUUUCGCUCAUUGACUGUGGCAAGCUGUACCUGCUGCAGAAUAUGGAGGCGCGGUCGUACCGCUUUGCCAACACCGGCAACAUCACGCACGACGUACAGGCGGUGCUACUGCCCAGUUAUCGGAGCGCGGACAAUAAACUCUUUAGCGAUCAGCUGCUCGCCCUGAACGAUACUGAUGUAAAUGAGCGGCUAGGACGGGGCUUACGGUUACUAUUUAAUGAGCGCAUCAUCGAUCUGCAGCUAGUGCCGGGUGUCGCCGUACGGUUAACGCCAAGCGAUACGAAUCAGCUCGAAUUUUCCGUCCGCAAGGGUAUUACGGCCGUUGAACCGGAGGUCGCGGGACGCGGCAAGGCAAAGAAAGGUAUUCGCACGGUGUUGCAGCUAAGCGUUCCGCUUGUACUGCUGCCCUCGAUGCUGUUGGCCGGCGUUCUGCCAAUGAUACUGCCCGUCCUCAAGUUUGCGACGAUCUUCUCCAGCAUUGUGAACCAUGCGGCCCUUGCCGCAUCCAUCAUGUACCUGGCGAAGCAACAUGCGGCCGAACAGGAGAGUAAACAGACGGUUUACUUCAACGCCGGCUACAACUAACGCACCAGAAGGAAGUGGCUCUAUGUGCGUCAACAUAACACACAAAGACAAUCUGACACCAAAUAAUUGUUUUCUCACUGUUAAAACGAUCCCGAGAGAGAAGGAAAAGUGGUAGCCGCAAAUCAGGAUGACACACGUGCAGACGUCUGUUUUGAGGUCUUUUAUUUAAAUUCAAGCUUAUCCACUAAGUACUAUGAAAGCGAUAGACAAAUAAAUAAAGCGCGACACUAUUGUUUUUUUUCCUUCGUCCUUUUUUCCCUGGUACGAUCUCUACGACCUUUUCUAAAGCCACCCAAUCCAUUGGCUAGUCUCCUGCGUUCUUCUCCACAUUUUUUCACUUGUUUCUGUCGCAUAUUGUCAUUGGUUGUUGUUUCGUUCGUUUCUUCAUUCCCGAUUACACUUCCAUUUUUCUGCUUUGUCACAAUCGUCGGCUUACAUUAUUUAUGUUUUGUUACGAGUUAAAAACACUCGCAAGGGCCAUCGAGC